AGUUCUGGAAGAAUUCAUACGCAAAAUAUGUUUGCGUAUAGAAUACAAAGAUAACGUUGUUUAUAUUUACUGCGGUGUUUAUAUUAGUAUGCAUCGAUCGUGCGUUUCGUAAUUAGGUCGCGGAUUUUUAUGCGUUUAUGGGAAAACGCAACCUAUUAGAAUAUUUAACUUAAAUUUGGAACACUUUUCCAAAAUAUACUUAACAUUGAAAGAAAUCUUUGCGCAGAUUCCAGUUUUUUAAUUACCUUUGUAAAACUGAGAAUUUGCAUAAAUAUUUGUAGAUUAUUUAUAAUGAGUGAUGCGAUUGCGUUUAUAGGUGAGAGUGGAAGGUGCCAUGAAGAGAUUAGAGAAAGAAAGUUUCAAGCAUCUAUACGACAGAGAGCCCUUGUUUUGCAAGAUACGAUCCCAUAUAUGCAAUCAAGGACGCGAUGUCAAUUGGGAAGAACUGAAGCAACGACACGAUGAAAUAUUAGACUCGGUUCGUAGAGGGGAGAAUGAUUUACCGAUGCCGGAUCAUUUCGUUGGAUAUAAACUCUUUCCGACGAUGAUGGAAUUUUAUUUCGGGGGGGAUUGUCUUAUAGCCGAUCGUAUUUUAUAUCAGAAAGGUGCAUCGAACGAUUCUUGGGAGAAUCAUCAUAUAGCUGCAUAAUACAUUAAAUCGACGACAGCCACGAUCUUUUUCUAUUUGUUUUGUAAUAAGAUUUUAAAACAAUUAUUUCAAACAUUA